AUGGCAUCCGAUCCGUACAAGGCCAAGAACAAGGACGAGCCAGGUCUCGAGGAGAAGAUCACCGCCCUCAAUGACUUUGCCAAAUCCUGCAAAUUCGGCAUGAUGACCACCCGCAUCGCUGACUCGGGCCUGUUGGUCUCGAGGUGCAUGGCUCUGGCCGCUCAGGAGUCCGGCGGCGCCGACCUCCUGUUCCACACCAACACCGAGUCAGGCAAGACGUCGGACCUGUCGUCAGACUCGCACGUCAACAUCUCCUUCCUGGCCCCGUCGAGCGGCAGCUGGGCGUCGAUCUCAGGCACCGCGAGCAUCAUCACCGACCGCGCCACGGUCAAGAAAUACUACACGCCCACACUCAAGACGUGGGUCGGCGACCUGGGCGACGGCGUGCACGACGGCAGCGAGAACGACCCGCGCAUCGGCGUCAUCAAGGUCAAGGCCCUGACGGCCACGUACGCGCUCCCCAAGGGGACCAUGCUGGGCCGCGGGGUCGAGAUGGUCAAGGGCGCCGUCACCGGCGAGGUCGCCAAUGUGAAUGAGCUGCGCGAGAUCAACGAGCAGGAGAUGAACCAGUGGAGGAGUUCACAUUAG